CCUUCAAGAACCCUAACUCUAAAAAGAAAAAAGAUGCACCCACCCAAAAUCCCCCCUCUCCAAAUCCAAUCCUUCGAUCUCGCCGUACCAAUUCUUCUCCCAUCUAACCCUAACUGUUCAAGGCGAUGCCCCUUCCCCGGGACGCGGAGGCGGAGGCCAGGCGGAGGCGGAGGCGGAAGCGGGAUCGCGAGGUGUUUCCGCCGGGGCGCCGGGGCGUGGAUAGGGAGCCCGACGGGGAGAGAGGGGAGAGGCCGAAUCGUCGGUUCUUGGAUGGCAAGCACGACAAGCGCCGCCGCGUUUCAAAGAUCAAGAGAGUACCGAACUUCCGCGGCCGUCCCUCCAUCGUAUCCAAGUUGUUUCCCUCUCCCUCUGCUCUAGUGCAGUACUUCCCCAGCCACUACCUCAGCUCAUCCGAGGAGUCCUCGUCCUCUGCCUCCGCCCUGCCGGAGUCUCCCGGUUCCUCUGCCCUACCCAAGUCCUCCAGCUGCGCCCCCAGCUUACCUGAGGAGUCAUCUGCCCAUGCCCUACCGGACUCCCCCAUCUUACCUGAGGAGGAGCCCUCUGCCGCACCCAACUCCCCCAGCUUACCCGAGAAGGAGCCCUCUGACUUACCUGAGAAAUCGCCGUUACCUGAGAGGGAGCCCUCCGACUUACCUGAGAAAGCGCCCUUACCUGUGGAGGAGCCCCCUGACUUACCUGACAAAGAGACAGGCUCCAGCUCUGAUGGAGGAAUCUGUGAUGAGAUGGCAGAAAGAUUCCAGCAAAUUAUGGAGGAUUAUGCUACUAAUUAUGACCUCUAUGCUCAACAAAUUCGAGGAGAACCAGAGGAAUGUAACCUUACGGUGGAGAGUGAGUUCUGUGACAUUGAUGAUGGCAGUUCCCGUGGUUGGAAAGCUCGGAAAGUGGCUUUGCGAGCUUCAGAGUCAGUUGUUAGUCUUUCUUCCUUUUCAGAUGAAAAGAGGAUAAGAGUGGGCUCGGGAUUCAUGGUAGGGUUUAAUCGUCAUACCAAUACCAGCAAUAUCUUAACUUCAGCAACGCUGGUUAGGUCUCUUUGUGGGCAGAACAUUGUGAUUCCAGAUUUAAAGGUUAAGGUGUGUCUCCCGAAUGGGCAUAUAUCCGAGGGCUUGUUAUCCAUUGUUGAUUUUCACUAUAACAUAGCUAUUGUUGAAGUGAAAUCUGAUGAGGAACUGCCACGGCCUAUUCUUCUGUGUAAUGUCAUCAAAAGAGGAGCAGUGUUAGCAAUUGGACGAUUUUAUGAUCAUGGUGGAGUGAUGUGUGCACAAGGAAAAAUCAGAAAAGAAACCAGCACCUUUGACUGCUCAGAGCUUUUAGUAUCGAGCUGCCACACGACCAUGGCGGGUGUUGGAGGGCCCCUUGUAGAUUAUAGUGGUCAUGUCGUGGGUAUCAAUUUCUACGGAGAGAAACACACCCCUUUUCUUUCAUCAGCGAUUAUUAUAAGAUGCUUGGAUCAUUGGGCGUCCUGGGGACAAGUUAACCGACCAUGGCUUGGAUGCAUCUGCACAUCUGUUGAUAUGUUGCCACUUCGUGUUUUGGAGAAAUGCACCUAUCUUAACGAGGGUUUGUAUAUUUCAGAUGUUGUUAAGGGAUCACCAUUUGAUGUUGCUGGGCUAUCAGCUGGUGAUGUUUUGAUUGAAUGUGCUGGAGAAGUACUUAGUACUGCUGCCCAGUUAGGUGCACUGCUACUUGAUCUGUGCCACAAAUAUCUGAGGGGUUAUGUUGAGAGCAAGAUGACCGUGGAGGUUGUUGUCUGGAAGCAAAAGGAUGGCAGAAAAUCAAGGAAGAUAGUGAAAACCAAUUUAUUAAGCCACUGCAACUUUUACAGAUGGCUUGAUCCAUUGCCCAGGUACAACGAUAAGAAGAUGGUGAUGGCAAGGGACGUUAUGGAGCUUUAUUAUAAAGGAUACAACGUCUAGCUUUUCUUCAUCACAAAAAGGGACUAUCCUUCCUACUCGUGUGUAUCUGGCUGAAGCUCCUGCUCACCAUAGAGCCCUGACCGUCGGAACCCAUUACGCCUGUACAUCUCAGCACAUUCUCAGAAAUUUGGUAGUAGUGCUAAGUUUUAGAUUUGUGCACAGCUCACAAAAUUAUGUUUACUCGUUUCAAUGUUCGAGCAGCACCCCACUUCUGUUUGCAGUUCA